AUGAAGGUUGGUUAUAGGUUCCCAGACUUUCCAUUAGUGAAAACUUCCUUGGAAAAUCACUGUUUUAGAAGAUGCGGAAGCCUGGGUUAUGGCUAUAACUCAGCCUGUGGCUGUGGUGGCUUUAGAGACCUAGGAUAUGGCUGUGGAGGCUACGGGUAUGGCUGCUGUCACCCAUCAUGUUAUGUAGGAUUUGGAUUCUCUGGCUUCUAUUGA